AUGGCCAGUGAAACGCCUGGGCUGUUGGAGGUUGAGCCUAUUACUAUAUUUGCUUAUGACGACACGGUAGAGAAGAAGAAAAGUCUUUUUGCUCCCAUUGAGCGCUUUGAAAGAGACGAAUAUGGCGCCCAACGGCGCGAAGAGGCCUAUAAGAACACAUGGCGCCAAGCCGAGCAUCGUCUUCGUUCUCUUGUUGAACGCCUCUACGCACCUUUCUUCAACGAAGUGAAAGAGCGUAUACACUACAAUGCCGAGCCACUUGUCCCUGUUACUGUGUUGGAUAUGAGUGCCUCUGCCUCAGACGACAUGUUUCCUACGUUGCUCAUGCAGCACGUUGAGCAGGCUCACCAGUGCUGUAUCUAUAUGAAUGUAUCCCAAUGUCCAAAUUUGGUGUCUGCGUUAAGCUGCUUUGUAUCACAAGCGAUCCUGCCUGUCCUCCAGUGCCAUGAACAGGGGACAGACCUUUUCCAGGCCGCGGAGCAGAGUGAUUUAACAGCCAUCCCUAGGCUGUACGCUGCCGCUCAAAUGGACAUGCCAGAGUUCCUUCUCGUGGUAGACCAGGUUCAGACGUUUCCUGUUAGCGUGCUGAAUGAUGCGCUGCAGUCCAUUCUUCUGUGGGCCUCUGCGGACAACAACGGCAUCGAAAAGAAGCUACACAUUCUGCUGACAUUCACAGCCCCUAUACCUGUGCUUCCUCGUGAGCAAAUGCCAAGCACACUGUACGAAACCAAAUCAUGGCUUCCUUCUAUUAUUAUGUCGCGUGUCCUUAUGCGCAUGGAUGUGUACACCAUUGCAUGGCCUGACAAGUCAGAGUUUUGGGAACGUGCUAUUUGUCCCUUCUUUCUGUGUCCCACUACCUCCAUGUGGCUAGGCCGCAGUGUCUUUGAAAUGGUGCGACGUAGGUACUGGCAUACAUCGCCCAGUUGGGAUGCUGUGGCUCAAUGCAUCCGGCUGUGCUAUUUGGAGCACUUUCGUACACAAGCCAUCACAGCCUUUUUCGACGAGGUGCCAGAUCCAGCUCUGCUAUCCCAGCAUUGGACAGAAGAAAUGAAAGCAUACCUACUCGUCACACUUACAUCGCCUUACCCCAAAGGCUCGGAUCUGCCUCACGAUAUCAGAAUGCUUGUGUCGGACGAGAAACAACUAUUGCGUUCUCUGCCGAUGUUCCGGCACGAACUUCGCUCAUAUAUGACACGAUGUUUGCUUCACUUCACCGGCAUUGAAACCCUACUGCAUGUGACGCGUAUGAAUGGCGUGUAUGGAACAAAACUUGGCAUCACCGGAGCAAUCGCGGCCGUGUUGGAGUGGGCGCCGCCCUUCACGGACUGGAACUAUACGCAAACAGCUGCGUACGCUCUGACAGCUACGACGCCACUUUUGGCCCAGUUUGACACGCUCUUGAACAAUGUUUAUGCCACGUUGACUAACACGUUAGCCCGCGAGCUCCUGGAUGCAUUGCUGCGACGUCUUGAAGAGUUUGAAGCCAUACCGGACGAGAUUGAUCUCGACAUCGUCCAGGUGGCGAAGAAACAGCUGGCGUCAGCGCCCACACCCUCGUCGGAUGCGCAAGAGGAGGCUCCAUUGGCUUCCUUUGUGCAGCAAUACUUCACACGUUGGCCGGCUGCAACCAAUACGUUGGAAGCGUCUCAUAUCCCAGGCCUAGCUGCUGCGAUUUGGACAUACGACUUUGCCGAUCCCGUCUCCACUGUAUUGGAAGGCGCGUCGCGCGCCAAUGUGCUUUUGGCGCUCGAUGCCCCUACAGAGACCUUGGCUUCUAUGUGGGCGACUUCGCGCAUGGCGUCGGGGCAGCUCCAAAGGGAUAUGGCCGAAUGGCCAGAAAGGAUUUGGAAUUAG